AUGAACUUGUGUAUGAUUUAAGCUGCAGGAGGAGGAAGAAGUCACAAGUCAAGAAGACGUCGAGCGGACGAGGUACAGAGUGACUCGGACGCCCUUGGGAAAUUUUUUUAUUUUAUUUUUUUUUAAAGUGCACUCUCUGUGCGCAAAGCGAAGGCCACCAUCAGGGAAAAAAAAAAAAAAAAAAGACAAAGAAAAGGAGGCACGAAAGAGGUCAUGGAAACGUGCUCGCGGAUUCUCCUGCUGCUCCUGCUGCUGCACUCCGCUGCCGUCUUGUCCUUGUCCACACGUAAUGCUGACCUUCAUGUGUCAAAAGAAAACGUCUUCAAAGCAGAUUCAGAAGAUGUGGCAUUGGUCUACCCCCAGGAUCCCGUCCUCCGUGUGGGCUCCGACCUGACGGCCAGCUGCUGGGCGCACCCGGACGGCGGCGUCCACGCCGGCUCGCUGUACUGGACGCUUAACGGCCAGAGGCUGCCGGCCUCCACGUACCGAACGCUGAGCCCCACCAACCUCAGCGUGACGCUCAGCGGUCUUAACGCCUCGCGACAGACGUCCGGCGACAAUCUGGUGUGCCACAACCACAAGGGACACAUCCUGGCCGGCUCCUGCAUCUACGUCGGAAUGCCUCCGGAGAAGCCUCUCAAUUUGACGUGCUGGUCGCGGAACACCAAAGACCUGACGUGCAGCUGGGCACCGGGAGGGAAGGGGGAGACCAGCAUUAGCACCCAGUACUUGCUCAAGUACAAGCUUAGGUGGUACGGCAAGGAGAAGGAGUGCGACGACUACAUUCACGCUCAGGCGUACUCGUGCAGCAUCACCCGCGACCUGCACCUCUUCACCCCUUACGAGAUCUGGGUGGAGGCGUCCAACCAGCUGGGCCGCGCCGCUUCCGACGUCAUCGCGCUGGACAUUCUAGACGUGGUGACCACGGACCCUCCGUCGGGGGUGACGGUGAGUCGCGUAGGGCAGCUGGAGGACCAGCUGAGCGUCCGCUGGGAGGCCCCGCCGGGGCUCAAGGACUUCCUGUUCCAGGCCAAGUACCAGAUCCGCUACAGGCUGGAGGACAGCCAAGACUGGAAGGUGAUGGAUGACGUGGGCAAUCAGACUUCUUGCAGGCUGGCGGGACUCAGACCUGGAACUGUGUAUUUUGUGCAGGUCCGAUGUAACCCGGUGGGCAUCUACGGUUCCCGCAAAGCUGGAAUCUGGAGCGAGUGGAGUCAUCCCACUGCUGCGUCCACACCGCACAGUGAGCGGACGGCGUCAGGCUCGUGCGACCCGAAGUCGAGCGGCGACUCCAACUCGACGCUGCGGCGCGAGCUGAAGCAGUUCUUCGGCUGGGCGCGCAAACACGCGUACGGCUGCAGCAGCAUGUCCAUGAAGCACUACGACCAGUGGCGGGUGCUCAUGCAGAAGUCGCACAAAGCACGCAACCAGGUAGGUUCUCCAAGGGGAUAAGUCGUAGCACAUGCCCAGUGGAAAAACAACACAGAGCGAUCGGAAUGACAAGCGGAGGAUGCUCGUAAAACAUGUGGAAAGACUGCUUUUUCUUGUUGUUGUUUUUCUUGCGGCCAGACGACAUCGGGAGAUGUUGCAUUUUCGUCCCCCGCCCUGACAAGAAGGCCAUCGGGGCACUUUGGAAACGCACCACAAAACAUUACAGCACAGUCAAUCCCCGCAUAUUCUUAGUUUUGCAUUUGCAUAUUCGCAGAUUUUGAAUGGUAUCAAGCGUAAGUACGAUCGCGAAACAAUUUUGCUUUCACUUCAAAGUCCCCACACCUUCCCUUUUAAAAAUGGCUUACAGUUGAUUUCAUUUAUUUCAAAAGGCACCAGAGGUGUACAUGUCCAUGCACUUGGUGCAAAGACUCUCCACUAUCAACCCAUGCUAAACGUAGCUACCUACAAAACCUCUCUCUCGCUCUCUCUCUCUCUCUGUUGUGACGUCACUUCAACAUACUUCCUUGACACCAAAAUGACUGUGCAGAACGAGCGCAACAACCACGAAUGGUUGAGGUUUUCUGCCAAUAGGUUCCUCAAUUAAAAAUUGAAAAUAGGGGAACAGUGAACCUUGAAUCUGCACGGGAUCACGUACACUGCAUGGUCCGAGUGCCUAAUUUGGAUCGAAAGCCAUUUUUGGAAAAUGUAUUUAUUUUUUGGGGGCUGUCUAUUCCAUUUACGUUUCAAGUGACGCAUAUCCAAAAGAAAUGUUUUUUUUUUUUUUUUUUUUUUUUUUUUUUUUUUUUUACGAAUGGAACAUGUGAGACAAACCAAAGACACAAAUUGAAUGCAAGUACCUCCGCAAGCAUCAGCAGCAUUGUAAUAAACUUGAACCGUGCAGCGUAAAUCCAGCCCCUCACGUUCACGCGGUAUUUCUAACGUGUGUUAUAAAGUGGCAGAAGUAUUUUUUGUUGUCGUUUUGUUUAAGCCAGACGUCUCUCGCCUCGCCGCCUUUAUUUUUGUACUGAAUCACAGCAGCAUAUUUAAGAGUGUGUAAAGUGAUGUUGAUUUCUUAUUUCUAAGUUAUGUUUUAGCUAGUGAAUAAAUAUUAAUGACUGACUGAAUCUGGCGUUGACCGAUUUGUGAGAAAAGAAGUGUGUUUUGCGCAUACUUGAUCAAAUCUCAAAAUGAGGUUGUUUGAAAAAUAAAUGUAACAUUAAAGCAAAAUCAGACUUAUUGUUUAUAUUAAUUCAAUAAUAAUUGUGAAAAGCAAAAGCACAGCCAAAUGAAUAAAAAUGCAUAUAUACACACAAGAGACAAAAUUAAAAUAAAAACAACUCAACCUCUUUUGAUAGGCACUUCCCGUUGAAGUUCACUGUCAAACUAAACAUAAAAGAAAGAAUUGCUUGUGUAUUUAAAACGACACAGCUUAGCCUUUAGUCCGCUAUGUUAAUGCUAAAAUAUAAUGGCAAUUGCCAUAGGCGCAGGCUAACUCGCGUCCGCGUUGCUAUGGUAUAAGCCUUGAAACAACGGAGAUGUGAACAUAAAUGCUGCAGCAGCACAUUUCGACAGACAAUAGAACAGUACUAUUAUACUAAGCGAAUAACUACCAAUAUUAGUGCCGUACUGAGGAGCUAGGACGUCUCCACGUACGGUAUUUCCAUCUGUCUGUCCGAUGCUACCUCUAGGUGGCCAAGGCAGGCAUACCAGAAGGAGCAGCCCAAUAGCCAUUUAAUUGAUGAAAUAUAACAAAAAGUUAAAUUCUAUUUAUGGCAUUAGUG